UGUGUGUACACAUUUUACGCUGCUAUAACUGCUCUUAUAUGUGUACUCGCGCUCAGUCGCCCGAUCACGCCUAACGUCAUCGUCAUUAUCGGCAACGAGUGCGUGUAAUAUAUCAUAGGUGCUACUGCAGCUCGAGACAAGUGUUCAUGCAAUAUACGGGGGAUAUGUCACGCGACUUCGCUAGGAUAGACCAUCGCCGACAUUGCUCCAGCAGUAACAUUAAAAACUGCUCGGUUAUUGCCAAAUAAAUAAUCAAUCGCGCGGGGACAGGGAGGAAUUCGUGUGAUCGCCCUCGCCACGGGUUUGUCGUUCAACCUAUUAGCAUCCCAUUAACUUUGCGCUGUACAUUAGCAGCCGCAACUAUAUUAUACCGACCGCCUCUCGCGAUCAUACAUCAAGUGUCGCAUCGGUUGUUCGGCCGACAGUCGUGAAUUUCCUUCACGCGCGCAAUAAGCUCCGCGUCUCUGUUUUCUUAUCGAAUCUCUGCCGCUGCUGCUGUGUUUUUGCCAAUGCCACUCGCGGUCCUCGUCGCUCGAUCGACAAUCCUAUAAUUUAACACCGACAGUAGCAGCAACUGGGCUCGAUUUCAGCGAUAAUAUUUGCAAGGGUCACCUAACCUCCCUUCAGCUGUCCAAGUGCUCUUGCGAGUAGCUACUCGCCGUGCCGCAGCGUGUGCAGUGCUGCGUGUGUUGUUUCGCAAAUUUAUCAUAUCAAGAAACAAAAGCCAUCGUUGUCGUCGUUGUCGCUGUCGCGGGGCUCGCAGCUUCUCAUCGUAUCGUGUGUACCGGGCGUCGUCAUGCAUCCUGCUUGUCGUCGACGACAGCCGUAAGACAUGUCUAACGUGCGGACGACGAUUUGCGCGAGAACGUAAGCUCCCUAUGCCGCUAUCGUUACGCAGAAUGGGCCUAACAGACCGAUGCGCCGUCGAUACGUCGUCGCCCGGUCAAAUAAGUUUAUAAAAUGGGUGCUAAUAUAUCACAACUAGAAAAGGAUAUUGGCUCGGACCAAUUUCCUCCGAACGAACAUUAUUUUGGUCUCGUUAACUUUGGAAACACUUGCUAUAGCAACUCAGUUCUACAAGCAUUAUACUUUUGUAGACCCUUCAGAGAAAAAGUUUUAGAAUACAAAGCUAGAAAUAAGCGUACCAAAGAAACUCUUUUAACAUGUCUGGCAGAUUUGUUUCACAGUAUUGCUACCCAGAAGAAGAAAGUUGGAUCAAUAGCGCCAAAAAAAUUUAUAGCUCGGCUAAGAAAAGAAAAAGAAGAAUUUGAUAAUUACAUGCAGCAAGAUGCGCAUGAAUUUCUUAACUUCCUAAUAAAUCAUAUAAACGAAAUUAUAUUGGCGGAGAGAAAUCAGAAUAAGCCUGCAGGAGUCAAAAAUGCGGGUGAUGCUGGAACACCACCAGAGCCUACUUGGGUGCAUGAAAUUUUUCAAGGUAUUUUAACUUCUGAAACUCGAUGCCUUAAUUGUGAGACUGUUUCCAGCAAGGAUGAAGAUUUUUUUGAUCUUCAAGUUGAUGUUGAUCAAAACACAUCUAUUACUCACUGUCUUAAGUGUUUCUCAAAUACAGAAACACUUUGUGGUGAUAAUAAAUUCAAAUGUGACAAUUGCUGCAGUUACCAAGAAGCUCAGAAACGGAUGAUGUUAAAGAAAUUACCUAUGAUACUAGCUUUGCAUUUGAAAAGAUUCAAGUAUGUUGAACAAUACAAUAGACACAUUAAAGUUUCACAUAGGGUAGUCUUUCCAUUAGAACUGCGACUUUUUAAUACAAGCGAUGACGCUGUAAAUCCAGAUCGGUUAUAUGAUCUAGUUGCUGUAGUGAUUCAUUGUGGUAGUGGACCUAACAGAGGACACUACAUAUCUAUAGUCAAAAGUCAUGGGUUUUGGUUGCUUUUUGAUGAUGACAUGGUUGAUAAAAUUGAAUCAUCUACAAUUGAAGAUUUUUAUGGAUUAACUUCGGAUAUACAAAAAAAUUCAGAAACGGGAUACAUUUUAUUCUACCAGUCUAGGGACUGCAGUUAGAAGUUAUUUAACAAAAACAAAUGUUUAUGAUUCAUUAUACUUGAUGAAUCAUUAUUAACAAAAAAUUGGUAGUAAAGAAAAAUAUGUGUAUAGAGCUUCAAUUUUUGUUAGAGAUUUUAUGAAAGAUGCGAAAUGAUGUUUAGUUAAUUUUUGUACAGAAUAUGCAAACAUAAUUUUCCAUGAUUAUCUUCAUUUAUGAAGAAAAUGCCAUGAAAUAUAAUGAACGUGAUAUAUAUCAUAUGAGAAGCCUCAUAAGAUCCAAUAAAUAUGAUCAAGAUAGCAGUUUUUGAUGGAUUGUUGAGAAGUCCGAAGUUUUCGCGUAUACACUUUCUUGUUGCGCCUUGUAUUUUAACUUAGUUUGAAAAUUUCUUAGCAUAAGAUCAAUCUGUACAGGUUCUUCUUUUAAAUUUUUAAACUUUUGAAUUUUCUGUGAUCUGUGAAUAUGCGAAAAAAUUAACGAAUGCUAAAAAUAAAAAUGAGGCGCAUGCUGUCUGUAUUAUAAUCGAUGAAUAAGUUUAUUGUUUUAACAUAUGAGAAUUAUGAGAAGCAAAACUAAUCGAUAUUUUGUAAUGGUAUUUGUUGUUUUUUUCGUCUCACGAUGAAAGUUGAAAAAAAUGUUAAAUUGAUAUUGAUUUUAAAGGAAUAGAAAAGUGUCUUAUUUAGAAUGAUUCUUAUUUUCGUAUUUUCUUGUAAAAAUUUAAAUUAUUAAGUAAAUGGAAAGUUUUAUUUGAAAAAUAUUAUUGAAUAUAUGUAUAUAAUUUAACUUGAUAAUUAAGUUUAGAAUUUACCGCAACGAUUUGUUUCACAAUGAAAGGAAUUAUAUUUUACUUUUUUAACAGGUUGUAGUAAAACUGUUUCUCUUUCCAAAUGAAAUAUCUGUAGCGACAAAUUAUUGAAAGUGAUUGUAUAAUAAAAUAAACUCAUCCAAGUUUAUUAAUGAAUGAAAAAUACAUACAUCUUUUUUACAUAGCUUUGAAGUAUUCAAUAAUCAUAACUGACAUUUUAGAUAAAAUUGAUAGUCUUAUAAAUAUCAUACAUCUGAUGAGAAGUUUAUACAAGUUUUUUAUGAAUGAAAUAGUUAAUGUAUUAAGAAGAUUAUUAUGAAAAUUAGAAUCGCUCAUACAUAAACUUCAAAGCAAAAAGUCAAAUUGUUUUUAAAAAUUAUUCCAAUUCCUGAUAAGGUAAAAUAUUGGUUCUUAAUGAAAAUUAUUCUUUAAAACUAGUCUAUUCAUUGAGUUGAAAUAAAUUAUGCUAAUAAAAAAUUAAUAAACUUAAAACAGUCACAUUUCAUCUGUAAAGAAUAAAUGAAUUCUGUGCUAUAUCCACCAUGUUGGAAGUAUUAUUACAAAUUCUAUCUACUUGUAAAAAUGUAUGACUGCAAAUAAAAAUAUUGUUAAAAUUGAGUAA